UCAGUGCCCAGCAGUGCCACCCACCAGUUCCGCCCACCUGUGCCCAGCAGUGCGCCCACCUGUGCCCAGCAGUGCACCCACCUGUGCCACCCAGCAGUGCCACCCACCUACGCCACCCAGCAGUGCCACCCACCUGUGCCCAGCAGUGCCACCCACCUGUGCCCACCAGUGCCACCCACCAGUGCCCAUCAGUGCAGCCCAGCAGUGCUGCCAGUCAGUGCCACCAAUCAUCAGUGCUGUCUAUCAGUGCCACCUAUCCGUGACACUUCAUUAGUGCUGCCUAUCAGUGCCGCCUAUCCGUGCCACCUCAUUAGUGCUGUCCAUCAGUGCCGCCUAUCAGUG